GCACACAUCGUCGCUGUUCCUCAUUGUAAAGAUCUUCUCAUGUAGUCAUUCUUCUUCCCCUCCUUCCACUCCAUCCUCACCACCAUCUCAUCUCAUCUUACCAUGCUCACGCAGGAUGAGCUCCUCCACCUCCCCAUUCGCCCACUCCAAGAUGACACCCAGCCCACACCCACAUCCAGCGAGGAAUCAUCAGUGGAGAUCGACAUCGCAAGUGUACUCGAGCCCUUUCUCCAUCCACAGCCUGACCAGCCACCGCCUCCCAUCGAGCUACAUCGCGGCUCCCACGUCUCCUUUCUCUCCAAGCUCCUCGCCAAGCCACUCCCUGCAGCCUACGUCGGCUUCGACGGUACUAGACCCUGGCUCCUCUACUGGUCUCUUCACUCCUUCACCCUCCUGGGUCACGCCAUCGACGAUGUCACCAGGGCAAGAGCAGUUUCUACGCUCCUUUCUUGUCAAAAUACUAGGCUGGGUGGAUUCGGUGGAGGACCAGGUCAGAUGCCCCACCUCAUGGGAACUUAUGCUGCCAUCAAUGCCCUAGCCAUUGCAGGAGCACCUGGACCCUGCCCCACGGCCGAGGACUUUGCACAGAUCAAGACUCGGAAAGCCACCAUGGAGUCCCUGGGCAAAGGAGGAUGGGAUGACAUUGACCGUGUCAAGAUGUACCAGUGGAUGAUGAGGCUCAAACAGCCCGAUGGCAGCUUCACUGUUCACGAGGGAGGGGAAGUCGACGUAAGGGCGAGCUACUGCGUCUGGUGCAUCUCCACAUUGCUGGGUAUAGGCACGCAGGAACUCUUCAGAGGAAUGUCAGGCUUUUUGACGAGCUGUCAAUCGUACGAAGGCGGCUUAGCCUCGACUUCAUUCCCAAGCUACACACCUCAGCUACUCUUCAACUCGGCUGCUCCUCGUCCAGCUCUGGGGGAGGCACAUGGUGGAUAUGCUUUUUGUGCUACAGCAGCCUACCUCGGUCUAAAGCUGCUUGACCCUGCAUUGUACUCCAGAGGCAAGACGGCCGCGCCGGCGCCUAUAGCUCUAGACAAUGAGCGAGCUUCUGAGGCCAAAAUGAACCUUUCGACUCUGACACGCUGGACUCUGUCCCUACAAUGCCCCUUUCCAUCUCAAGGUGGCGGGUUCAAAGGCCGAAUCAAUAAGCUCGUAGACGGCUGCUACUCCUGGUUCUCUGGCGCAGGCAUGUGGGGCGUACUAGAAGCCCUACGCUCCCUCGAGUCCCCACAAGAUAGCGAAGGCGCAGACGACCUCUGGUCUCGUCCGGCCUUGCAGCUCUACAUUCUCCUCGUCGCCCAGAAUCUCACACCAGACGGCACUGCUGCCCUUUCGGGUGGACUGAGGGACAAGCCGGGCAAGAAAGCCGAUGCAUACCAUACCUGCUACAAUCUCGCGGGGCUGAGCGCUGCGCAGCACGUCGUUAGGCCGUGCGCCGAGACGAGAGAUUUCUGCUAUACUGGCUGGAAGUCUGGUUCGGGACCAUCAGCGAGCACAGCUCAGACUGAGGGCGAGCACGUUGGCGUAGCAGCAGCAGCAGCAGGCAGUGCCGCGGCCGAGCAGGAGGAGCUCCGUCGCAGAAUCUUCUCCUCCACGCUAGGGUACAAUCUCGCUCCCGGAAGGCAGAAGAUCGUCGUAGGUGAGGAUAGCAAUGAGCUCCUCCCCACGCAUCCGGUCUUGAACGUUGGUUUUCUGCAGGUGAGGAACAUGAUGGUUUGGAGCUACGGGCAGGAGUAGACGGCAGAAAGGUUCAGAGGGAAAAGAGUCCAGUGUACUUGUAUCUAUAUCUGCGUUAUCAAUCAUCGCUUUGUCAAUCUCGAUUCUCAAGUCGUCCAGCGCC